AUGAAGGCGCACAAGGUGAAAAAGUCAGGCGAGGGGGGGUCCAGUUUGGUGAAUCUGAAAAUAAGGAACGAAAAUAUCCACGUGAAGAAUAUCGUACGGACGAUACACUACGUGUAUAACAAUAGGUACGACAGUGAGACGGGUUUCUCCUACAUAAAAGACAUCCUUAAGAAUAUCAUAAAGGGUAAUGUGUAUGACGUGGAGCACAAGCGGUAUGUGAACGAGUACUGCAUUUAUGAGCUGUGCUCGAGGAUAGUACUAAAUAUGGUAAGGAGCCAUGCGAAGGAUGAAAACUUUAACAAGAUGAUGGAGUUUUUGUUUGAUAUUUUGUACUACUGCGAUGUGCUGCUCAGUGAAAAGGCGAAUCGCAAGGUCAACGGUAACGUCACCGGAAACGUCAACAAUGGUGUAACCGGUGGGAAGGACGCCACCCAGGAGUAUGAACUGAUCGACAAAUUCUGGAACAGACUCCUAGACAACAUAUUCAUCAAAGACAGGAAGCAGAGAAUCAAUUUAUGUAGAGUUGUAAAGGCGCUGGUGAAGAAAGCCUGCGCUUUGCAAAUAGAUGUAUCGAAUAAAUUGUGUAAAAAACAUGUGAACAUUUUUUUAUCCCUUCUGAAUGAUAAAGAUCAUAACAUCCGGAUUCUGUGUCUGAGCAUUUUAGAACCCUUUCAGGAUUUCAACACGACAGCUAGCUAUUUGCGCUGUCUUGAUGAUUCGCACAACGCGGUCAGAAUACACGCCAUUCAAAAUAUAGCCAUCUACACGGAUGACACAAACGGGGGGAUCAACAAUAGGAAUAAUUACGACCACUUAAUCAUUCUAAAAAACUUCCUUGUAAGAAUAAAUGACACCAAUCCAAACGUUCGAAUAAGUGUCUAUGAAAAGUUAAAAAGUUACUACUUUUUUAUCCCAUCGGAUAUGAAAUUUGAGUUCCUCUUAUGUGGACUUAACGAUAAGGACAACUCAGUACGCCAGAGUUGUUACAGCAUGAUAAUUCACUGGGUCCAACACUUCGAUGAUAAGAUUGAAAACCUCCUCCUCCACUUGAUCAAUAGCGACAUCGAUAAUGACCUAAUUGUGGAGCAGAUUUGCAGAAUUCACCUGAACAGUAUUAGGAAUGGCGUAAUCCGAAGUGGGAGCAUUGAAUUGGACGACACCAAGGAGAGAUCAUCAAUCGUAACCUUACCUACAGGGGAACGAAAAAGUAGUAAAAGUGGGAACGAACUGGGAAGUGAAGACAAUCCGAGUAAAUCCCACAAUUGUGAUAGGAAUAGCCCCUACGGAGAAGCCUGGUAUAGCCAUUGCAUAAACAACCUGUUCCUGCUAAACGCAGCAGAGUUAUAUAUGCUCCGGGUAUACGUUCAGCACUUUUGUGACGAACAAGAGAAGGAAAAAAUCGACGCACUGAAGGUCAUCAACGUGGUUUACUAUUACAUGUACUUGAGUUGCUUCAAUGAGAAGGUCUACUACAACAGGAAGAACUACAUUAACUGUAUCGAAAAUAAUGAAAACGAUCAGGGGGAUAAUCUGCACCUGUUCUGCACGUGCGGGAAGGGUAAAACGGAUAUAAAGGCGCUGGAGGAGGAAAGGAAGAGAAAAUUCAUGGAAAGCUCCAUUUUUGAUGACGACUUUUGUGAUAAGUGCAUGUACUACAGGGUUGUACCUACCAACCGGGAUGAUACCAAUAACAAUGCGGAUGGCAUGGUGGCCAAUCAAACAGACAGCGAAGGAAUCGACAACCACGACGAGCACGUCCUCAUCAACGAAGACAACAUCAACGAAAAUUACAACUACAUAUGUAACAUGAAAAAUCUUCUCUUAAUUUGCAAACAUUUAGACAUUAUCGAGACCUAUCAGGUGGAAAAAAUAUUAAAAUGUUGCUGCACUGUUUUGUUGAGGGGUCCUCUCCGAGAAGUUAUCAUAAAAUGUAUGCUGAACAACACGGGGGUGAAUUACUACAAACUGCAGAAGGGACAUAUCACGUGUGCCUACUGGCUGAGCAGCAGUUAUAUAUACGCCUGUCUGGAACUACUUCGACAGAUGAUCUACAUAAAGAACAAAAAUUGCGAUGCGAAUGAGGUGGAAAUUAGCUUAACGAAUCAGAUACUUGGCAUAAUAUCGGAGAUUAAGGAGCCGUUCGAAAAUACGGAGGGUGAGAGCCCCUUCGCGGUGGACCCGGUCAACAGGGUUAACUUUGCAGAGGAGGAAGAGAAGCAAACAAAACAACCUAAUCUGUUGAUGCAGAUGCAGGUACGGAUGGAGGGAUCCCCUCGAAAAAUGGCGGAGGGUUCCCCCAAACUGGCACCAAAGGAACAGGCGGAAAAGAACCCCCUAGCCACCCUAUUUAGCAACAUCCUGAACGUGGAAAACGACACCAUCUUCGAAAUCAUCAGGAAGAAGAAACUGAGCACGCUGUCGAUAGAGCACCUGCUGAUUCUCUGCAGGAGGAUGCAACACAAGCUGGACGUCACAGAAGCGAAGAUAAAAGAUUUGACCGAAAUGGAUCGGGAGCGGUCUGCCGAAGAGGUAAAGUCCCCAAAGGGAGGUAACCAGAAGGAGGGUGGUAAUAAUCCACUGUUCGCCUUCCACGACCAGAUCAGAUUACACACACAGAUAUUCCUAAAACAGAUAACCAUGCUGAGCUUGCUCCGACUGGAACUUAAAAGGAGGUGGUUAAGAAUUCUAUUCAUAUUGGAAUGUUUUCUAUGUAAGAGCAAAUCCCAUUGUUCAUUCGAUUCAGCUCUGCGUGAAUUCCCAAACGAGUUGCUGCUCCCCGCAUUGAAUUUCUGUUGCUCAAUUAUGCCAGAGUGGGACGACAAGGAGAUAGAAGAUCAGUUUUACGAUAUCAUUGUUUCCAAAUGUUUGGGCAACUGGUGCAUGUAUAUAAGUAACGAUGAUGAAUUGAAGAAGCAAAUUUAUGCCUACAAAACGGCUAUCGUAGACACAUGUGAGGUGUUGAAUAGCUGCCUUCUUAGCAUUGAAAGCAUUCACGCGAAGGUGUGUCCCAAUGUGUACCAGAAGGCCAACAUUGAUUUGAUGAUGCAGGUCGAAAGGGGAGUUAACAAAAGCGGUACCGCUGCGAAUGCCACGCAGGGUGCCCCCCAGGGUGCCCCCCAGGAUGAUGAGACAAACCAACAAAGAGGAACAUACGAGGAGGAUGCGAAUAACCAACUCAUCUUCUACGAAUAUAACCCCCCGAAUGAGUCCUUGUUGAACUACUUUGCGACAAACCAGAAUGCUUGGUAUGAAUAUAAGGAGUUGUUAGAAAAGCUGGAAAUCAAUUCCUUACGGUGCGAAAUAUAUAUAUGCGUUUUGGGAGACUUACUCAUGACGCACCCCAACUUAAACAAUGACAAACUGAUCAUCGAUGCGGUAGAGAAUAUUUGGAACUACCUAAGUGGCACUGUCAACACGAGCAAGUACAUUCAGUCGAUCUGUUUGCGCGUUUUCUGCAAGUUGUUGUUAACCGAAUUUUUGGGGAACCACAUUUAUAGACUGUCCAAUGAGGAAAUGCACAAAAUGGUGAGAAGGUCGUCAGAUAAAUUAAGAGCACUCUUCGAAAUGUGUUUCCUCAUUUCUCCUUCCACUUAUAAUUGUGUUCAAGACUUUAAAAAAAUUAGUACCUUUAAUAUAACGAAUAUAAAUGCCCAUGAUAAGCUGUUUCUCUUUUCUGUGUUUUCCAUGUACCCCUCCAUGAGUGAGACAAAUCUCCUAGUCUUCCAUUUCACCUUCGAAGAAGUAUUACUAAAAACAUGCGACGGGGUCUUGAAGCAUAAAUUGCGCACCAUCAAUUAUACCAACAUCCUUACAUUCAUUAUUUUCACCAUUCUGCAUAAAGCGAAUAUACACUUCCUCGUUGCCCACUUUCCUAAGUACAUAAAAUCGAUUCUACUAGUCAUCAUUGAGAAGGGCGUCGCCUUGACUAGUCGAUCAAAUAUUGUCGAGCUGGUUUACAAAAUUAUACAAAUUUAUCUCUUUCACGAUUUGGGAGACGUCCGGGGGAGGGGCAUCUCCGCAGCUUCAGGUUCUGUCUCAGCUCCCACCGCCGAUGGGGGAAACGCCAAAGAGGGCGGGUUGAACGAACCCAGGGAGGGGAAAAAACGGGGCAGGAAAAGAAAAAACGCUGCACCAGCUGAAGAAUCAAACGAGAAAAAAGAAACAGACGAUAGGGAAAGCAACGUGCACAUGCAUACCAAUUUUGAAAUCGAAAUGGAACAAGCAGAAAAAGCAGCACAGGAAGAAAAGUCCCAAAAAGUGGACCAUAAAAACUGCACCAUUUUCUUCAGAAGUGCCCUCACAGAUGUGAACGCCACUGUAAAGGAUUUAAAGACGUUUUACGUCCUCAUAAACUUUUGUAUGCACUGCAGUGAUAUUAUAAAAUCGAAAAAUGAAAUAAAAUUGUGUGAAGCAUUGAAGGAAUGUUUGCAGAAAAAGAUAGACGAGGUGAGGACGUACUUCGUAGGAAGGAAUCUUGUGGUUGGUGCCACAACCGGGGUAGAACCCCCCAUGGGGAAUACAAAUUCCCUUCUAAAUGUCGCCCAAAUGGACGCCCUGAAGGAAGAAACCAUUUACGAGGAAAUCAUCAAUGAGUAUGUUAACUACAUAGGUACUCUGCGACAGAGGAAGUUUUCCUACCCAGUUGUCCCCAAAGGGGUAGACGCCUCUAAUGAGGAGGAGAUGUCCGCAGAAGAAAUAAUGCAACAGAUUAGCCAUACCAAGAAUGGCGAUCACCCAAGUGAAAGCAUCUCUGAUCAUGUACGCACCGCCGAUGAUGCGUGUAGUGACUUACCAAAUGGAAGCUAUGGAAGGCUCUUCGAGAAGGCAACCGACUUGGCCGUUAAGGUGAAAUACCCACCAGGUGAACCUCCCUUAGAACAGAAAGAGACGCAAGACGAAUUUAUCGACGCAAAUGAAGAGGCGUCAUUUUCCAUCCAAAACAGUUUCGAGACCAUCGAUGACGUUAGGAAGUUUAGCUCCCCCAUUGACGAGCUUGUAGAUGCGAACAAUGUGCCCCAGCUUGCCGCCGCCCGGAGCGACGAAACGGUUUUGCAUGACCAGGGGGGUGGUUCCACCUGGGUAGGUUACAAUCGGGAGGAGACAGCAAUGGAGGAGGUAGAAGUGGCAGACGCAGCAGUAGAGGAGGCGCCUGCAGACGGAACUCCCCUUAGGGGGGAAGAUCCCCCCAACGGCAGCAGCACAAAGCGAAAUAAACAAAACUCCCCCCGCAAGAUAACCGAACUGAACAUAAGCUCCAGCGAAGAGAGCCCCCCGGAGGAGGAACACCCCUCAAGCAUGAACGACUUCGAGAGCGUGAGGGAUGCCGCCGAUUUUGAUGACCACAGUAGCGAAAGCAGCACACACAGUAACGACUCCACAGCCAUGGCGUUCAAGCGGUUAAACAAAUUGAAGCGCACCAGCUAUACAAACGUCGUUUCGAAGUGA